AUGGCUUCGGGAUCCCGCCGAGCAAAACAGGGGACAAGCAUGGGUCACGGAUCCCGGCGAUCCGAUACAUUUUUCCGUCCUCCGCCAGGUCAUCACAGUGAUUAUUUACUAGAGGCAGUUCUCAAUUCAGAUCUCGGGGCAAGGUUGAAAGCCCAAGGUCCACCCCUUCGAGUUUACUCUCCUCCUCCGUUCCCCCUUUCUGGUUUUCCGCCGAAUAAUCCCUUCCCUCGCCGCCGUCGACAGCAGCAUCAGCAGCAUCAGCAUCAGCAUCAGCAUCGGCGGCCCGAUAUUCCCGGCGGCGACCCUUUUUCAUUGUCAAACUACCGUCCACAUCCGGAUCGUCGACAGCAGGAUCGGUGGAUCCCCCCUCCCUACCAAAUUGUUCCAUGGCCAACCUAUGAUUAUUUUCCCCACGUCGCUCAUGGUGGGAAAGUCGUGCAAUCACCAGUCGGUGGCCAUCCCCGAACAGUACAUGAUUUCAGCUAUCCCGAAGACAAUGGGCCAUCAGUUGUAGCUCUCCUUCUUCGAGAAGGGGUUUUGGUGGUGGUUAAUCAUUAUCAAACUGGCCCAGAUUCAGAUUCUCCCCAGCUGCUUUGUUCCCUAAGUCCUCGCAUCAUUGCCUCUAUAUCUGGAGGAGAGCUUCCGGACUGCCAAAAGUUGCUGCAAGAUCUGCAGGCGAUGUGUAAUGACCAUGAACGUGAGAAAGGGGGUGAGAUUUCUCUUAAAGAUGCAUUAUGCUUGAUGACUCGCACACUGGCUUAUCGACCUGAAGUGGGACUAAUUGCAGGGUGGGAUGACACAAAGGACUGUCCUGCCUUGUACCGUGUGGACGGUUUCAAGGGACUCAUGAAAGGGGAAAUAAUAGCCACCGGAACUGGAUUUAGACGAAUCUAUGGUACACUGAACUUGAAUGCCAUGUUCAGCAUGAGUGAUGAGGGUCGUCUUAAGUCUUGGCUGAAGGGUUUUCUGCACAAUGAGCUUAGUCACAAAAACUAUGGCUCUUGGUCUUGUUGGGCUGUUGACGAAGCUACAAAAUUUGCCCUAAGAUGUACAUGCUAUGUUGCAGCUGAUAUUGAGGAAACUGGAGAUUUCAUUAGCGUGUACCACGUUGGACGUCAUGGGUUGGACCACGUCCGUUCUGGCGAGCCAAUAAAAGAGGUUCUGCAGAGCAUUGGGUUAGAUAUGCCAAAGAAGAUUGAGUAUACUAGGGUGCCUCCUCCUGACUACCUUCCUAAGCUCCCCCCGUUGCCUGAUUUUCUUCUGAAGCAGCUCCAAAGACGUCAAAUCUGA